GCCCUGCGCGGGGCGGUGCUGGGAGCGGCGGGGCUCGGGCCGAGCUGCCAUGGCCACGCCGCUGUCAUCCACGCCGGCGAGCGGGAGCCGCAGCCGCGGCGCCGCCGCCGCUUCUCCGAUCAGCCCGACGCGGCUCAGCCGGCUGCAAGAGAAGGAGGAGCUGCGGCAGCUCAAUGACCGCCUGGCCGCCUACAUCGAGCGGGUGCGGACUCUGGAGGCCGACAAGUCGGCGCUGCAGCAGCGGCUGGUCGACCUGGAGGCUGGCAGCGGCCGGGAGCUGGGCUGCCUGCGGCUCCGCUACGAGGCGGAGCUGGCCGACGCCCGCCGUGCGCUGGACGACAUCGCUAUUGAGCGGGCCGCGCUGCAGGUGGAGCUGGGCAAGAUCGGCGAGGAGCACCGGCAGCUGCACAGCAGGAAUUCAAAAAAAGAAGCUGACCUGAACCUGGCACAGGCUCGUAUGAGAGAUCUUGAUGCUCAGCUGAAUGCAAAGGAAGCUGACCUGGCAACAGCUUUGAGUGAGAACCGGACUUUGGAGAAUGGCCUCCGUGAGUUAAAGGAUCAAGUAGUCACUCUGGAGCUGUCACUGGAAGAUGCCAAAAAGCAUCUCCACAGUGAAAUGUUGAGAAGGGUGGACCUGGAAAAUCAUUUGAAAACUUUGCAGGAAAAAAUGACAUUCCAGAAGUGUCUUCAUGAAGAUGAGCUCAAGGAGAUUAAAAGAGUCCAUGAGAGCAGAAUAGCAGAAAUGGAGUCUGGUCGUCGGAGAGAAUUUGAGAGUAAGCUCUCAGAUGCUCUGCAGGGGCUCAGAAAACAGCAUGAAGAACAAAUUCAAGGAUACAAGGAGGAGCUGGAGCGAACAUUCAGUGCAAAAGUGGAGAAUGCCCAGCUUUCUGCAGCAAGAAAUAGUGACUUUGCCAAUGCUGCUCGAGAGGAAUUAAUGGAAACAAAGCUUAGAGUUGGUAAUCUGACAUCUGAAAUUAAUCACUAUCAAAGCCAGAAUGCUGCUCUGGAGAACAGAGUGAAGGAGCUACAGGAGAUGCUGGAUAAAGAUCGUGAUCUGCAUCGAAAGCGUAUGGCUGAAAAAGAGAAAGAAAUGGCACAAGCCCAGAAAAAGGUUCAGGAACAGUUGGAAGAAUAUGAGCAUCUCUUAGAUGUGAAACUGGCUCUAGAUCUGGAAAUAAAUGCCUACAGAAAGAUGCUGGAAGGAGAGGAACAGAGGCUGAACAUAUCACCUAGUGCAUCUUCACAUAGCAUUGCAACUCAAGCAACAAGUGAAGGGCGACGGUUUCUGCACGGGAGAAAAAGGAAAAUGAAAGCCAGAAAGAGAGAACAUAGUGCUGGAUUUAAGACUGUUCAGCAUGCUUCAUCUUCUGGAAAAGUGUCUAUUGAAGAAAUUGAUGCAGAUGGGAAUUUUGUCAGGCUUAAAAACAACUCUGAAGAGGAUCAGCCACUACAUGGAUGGGUGCUGAGAAGACAUCUUGAGAGUGUGUCAGAUGUAUCAUACAAAUUCCCCUCUCAGUUCACUCUUCAGGCAGGCCAAGUUGUUACGAUCUGGGGUGCAGCUGCUGGUGUAAGCCCAGGUCCUAGUGACCUGAUCUGGAAGUCUCAGAAGUCUUGGGGAUCUGGGUAUAACAUUGGUGUUACGCUCAUCACAGAUGAAGGUGAGGAACUGGCGGAGAGAAAACUAAUGCAUGUACCCAGAGAAGAAGAAAGUGGUGAGCAAGAGGAUGAGUAUGAAGAACUAAUGGGAAGUGAAAUGGAGCUUCCAUCUCAGCAAAAUGAAGAUCCCAGCUGUUCUAUCAUGUAAUACAGACAUGGAGAUGAUCACCUGAAAACACUUCUAAACCUCAAGUGACA